UGGCUGGGAGGUGAUGUCAUGCAGUAAUAGCUGGUUGUGGUGCUGAUGCUGCUGAGAGAGCAGCCCAAACAGCAGCAGAACGACAGAGAGAGGGAAAGAAAGAAAGAAAGAGAGAUAAAGAAAUAAAAGGAGAGUACCACCAACAUUGCUCAGCACAGGGACUAUCUGAUUCACCACAGUGUCUUUAGAAGAUAAACAAGAGGCAGAAUGACUCUCGCAGCCUACAGAGACAAGAUACGGGAGCUCCCUCUAGUGUCCAUCUUCUGUUCCUGCAUCCUACCUGAAGCCAAAGAAAAGCCCACCAAGAAAGAUGUGGUGGACCUGAAUCUGUGCAUCAUCAGGGACAUGGAGGUGAUUGAGCUGAACAAGAGGAGAUCCGGCCAGGCCUUCGAGGUCAUCCUGAAGCCCCCCUCGUUUGACGGGGGUCCGAACCCUCUCGCCACCACACCUCCACGCAGGGAGCCCUCCCUGGAAGAGAUCCAGAGAAAGCUGGACGCCGCUGAGGAGAGGAGAAAGUGCCAGGAGGCUGAGUUACUGAAGCACCUGGCUGAGAAGCGGGAACACGAGCGUGAGGUGGCCCAGAAGGCCCUGGAGGAACACAACAACUUCAUUCGGCUGGCCAAGGAGCGCAUGGAGCUGCGCAUGGAGCACAACAAGGAGAAACGGGAGGCACACCUGGCCGCCAUGCUGGAACGCCUGCAGGAGAAGGACAAGCACGCUGUGGAGGUGAGGAAAAACAGAGAGCACAAGGAGGAGAGCGGGUAGAGAGAGAGAUGGAGACAAAGAAAGAGAGCCCGCGGUGCCUCUGUUUUGUUGCGUGAGAAUAGGAGAGAAGAGAAGAGACAAGAUAAAGAGACUAGCAUGACAGGUUCUUAAAAUGGACGUGGGAUUUGUUUGACAGACGAGAAUCCAAAAUGAUGAAGUUGAAGUAGGAGAAGUGCACACAAGGCGGUUUCCUGAAGAGACGGAAAAUCAAGAUGUAGUUUUGUAUUGCUCUUGAGUGUAGCGGAGUAUAAGAGCACUAUGCAUCCUUUAGUAGCUAAUUAUACAUUCUGUAAGCUGGGUAUUUAUAAUAGACCUUGAACACAUUCUUAUUUGCAAGAAAUCUAAACAUAGCUUACUUUUUUAAAGUUCUGGUCAAUAAAAUCACUGACACAUAUACUUCAAUUUAAAGCAUUCUACACAAUGUUUGUUACACUUUUCACCACUUUUUGGCAUGUUAGCUUGUGUACAGUACAUAAAUAGUCAUCGAAUGGGAUACUGAUGCUACCGACUUCGCAAUUUAUAUCUAUCUCAAAUAGGAAAGCUCCUAUUUGCGUUAAUUAUCUCUGUAUUUAUUCUGUAGUCAAUGGCUGUUGUGUUUCACUGUGGUGAGUAGUGUAGUGUUGAUUGUGCAUGGCUAGUUUCUUUGGUGUUUUUUCAGAUAUAGUAGAUUUGAUUAUUAGGGGAAUAGGCUGUUUGUACUAAUAUGUACCAGUUACAGAUGUAUGUGAUGUGUCACUCAAUAUCAAUUUAAAAAAGUACAACAUC